GCGGCGCUGACUUCCGGCCCGGAGGCUGAACGAGUUUGAGGAGUUGCGAGUGCGCGAUUUCGAAAGACGCACUUUUCACUGGUAUCAGGAGACCCGCUUCCCAGUGAUAAGAGAUGGAAUAUGAUCUGCAGGAUGGAACUGGCAACCAGUGACCCAGUUUGUUGAAGCAAAGCAUGGCUGCAAUAAGGAGCUCCCAGGGACACCCAUCCCCAAGGAAGGACUCCACACAGGGACAGAGAUCAGCCCUGCACAGCAAUAGCCCUGACUACGAAGCUUCCCGCCAGCACUUCCGACAGUUCUGUUACCAGGAGGUAGCUGGUCCACAUGAAGCUUUUAGCCAACUCUGGGAACUCUGUUGUCAGUGGCUGAGGCCUAAGACACACUCAAAAGAGCAAAUCCUGGAGCUGCUGGUUUUGGAGCAGUUUCUGACCUUCUUGCCAGAAAAGAUCCAGAACUGGGUGAGGGAGCAGCAUCCAGAAAAUGGUGACGAAGCUGUCACUCUGGUGGAGGAUGUACAGAGAACACCUCGGCAACAGGUCCCAGAAUCUGGGAAAGACUUGAAAAUGCCCAUGGAGGAGACGGCCCCUUUGGGAGCAGCCAGAGAAUCACUGAGAUCCCACCUGAAACAGGGGGUUCAUCCAGAGGAAUGGACUGUGAAGGGGUCACAGAGCUCACCCCAGAGACUGUGGGGACAGUCAGAAGCCUGGCUUACUCCACAGGCUCCCAGGAACCUUCCUCAGAAGAGGGGUCUUGGAGACCAGAAGACAGAUGUUGUGCUCUGCACAGCUGGGGCUCAGGAACCAGCCACGUGUGAAGACAGAGCCAUAUCCCUCUGUCAGGAAGGAGAGAUGCACCUGGGCACUGCACGGAGGGCCCUCUACAGGGAUGUUACACAGAAGAGUGACAGAAAUGCCUGGCCAGCUGUAAGUUGAGGGUGAUUCCUGUUCCCUCAGUGCUGGGGAAAUGCUGGGAUGAAGGCUCUGGUGGACCCACAACAUGAAGCCGUUCACUUGGCCACCUCCAGGUUACACACAGGAAAAAGCAGUACCCAAACCUUAUGCUGUCUGGGUAACCCAAGGGAUUUUCUUUUGAGUUGUGAAAUUGGAAAGCCAAAGCCUGGUGUGUUUCUGUGACUUAAGUAGUGAAUUGUGUGAGUAGGUGUUAUAUCUAGACUUUGUUAACAGAACAUACAAGAAUGAAGCUGAUGUUAGCCUGGGGAAGGAGCAAUGUAUUCUCUGUGGAAGGAGAGUGAUGUCCUAGCAGAAGCCGCUGUGUGGAUUCAGAGGGUUGUCAUCUUAGUCUAGAUGUUUGGAGGACUGUGGUCUCCUUGAAGGCAGGGUCCAUGUCAUAUGAUAGCUGCACUUCUCAGAAACCAGCCUGCUGCCCACUCACACAGGUGUUGAGAUCAAGAGCGGGAUUACAAAAGAGAAUCAGAAAUGCGAUGAUACAGAGGAAGCAGAAAUGAACAAGCCCCUUCAGAGAAAGUCCAGUGAAGUCUUCUGGCACUCUGAGCUGAAAAGAGGCUGGGCGGGUGCUCCAGUGUCAAGAAGGCAACUAGGAUGUUCUCCAGGAGAGAGUGAGGAGAAACCCCUAUUCCAGGAGAGGGGGAGUCACCGGAAACUUCAUACUGGGGAGAAAGCCUGUGCACAUCUCCCAUGUGGGAGAAACUGCUCUCAGAGUUCUUCCUCUCACCACCAGCCAGUCCCCAAAGUGGAAGAAGCUUCUAAAUGUCACGAAUGUGGGAAAAGCUUUAGCUGAAGUUCCUAUCUUGUUUGACACCAGAGAAUCCACACCGGGGAGAAGCCUCACAAGUGCAGUGAGUGUGGGAAAUGCUUUAGCGAGUGCUCCAACCUCACUGCCCACCUAAGAACUCACACAGGGGGGAGACCCUACCGGUGUGGGGAAUGUGGGAAAAGCUUCAACCAGAGCUCCAGCCUCAUUGUCCACCAGAGGACCCACACGGGGGAGAAGCCGUAUCUGUGCACCUUCUGUGGAAAGAGAUUCAACAACAGCUCCCAGUUCAGCACCCACUGGCGAGUCCACACUGGGGAGAGCCCAUACAAGUGUGGGCAGUGUGGGAAAAGCUUCGACAAUGGCUUCCACUUGAGUGCCCACCAGAAAACCCACACAGGGGGAAAGACUUACCAGUGCUCCCAGUGUGAGAAAAGCUUCACUCAGAACCAUGCCCUCAUCCGCCAUCAGGGGGUGCCCACAGAAGAGGUUCUCACAUCAUAGGAAGGAAGGAAGGGAUGAGCUAUGAGUGUGGAGGGAACCUGAUGGAUCAGUUCCUUAGGUCAACACACGUUUCUUGGCGUUUCCUUCUGCUUGUGGAGAGUUCUACUGGACAAUCCCCAGCUUAACCACAGGUUUACUGACAACCGGAUCUUAAGAACCACGUCCCGGAACAAGAAUCAGGGUAAGAAUGCUGAACUCACUCUGGUUCUGCCUGGGACUCCUGGGUCCUGUCUCACUGUCGAUUGCAAUUCUGUUUGAAGGGGACAAGGCUACAGGAUCCAUAAGUCUUGCUAGGAAACCUGAGUAUGCCUGUUCCCUACAGAGAAUGGGGGCUAGUGGCCUGAGCACUGUUUCUGCCCCCUCGCGGGAAGCAUGUCUGGAAGUUAACAGCCUGGAUCUAUUCUAAACCAACAACUGACCUCUGGCACCUAGUGUUAGGUACUCCUGCUAACUUCAGAGCAGAUCACGACUCUGCUAUCCAGCCACCACAAAACAGAGAAUGAAGGAAAGGAAGGAGAGGUUAAGCCACCGGGCAACGUUAAAUCUGUUUCCCUUGGCAACUUAAUCUCAGAGUAGGCAUAACAUCUCAGUUAAUCUUUGUAAGAUUCCUCACCUUACCACCACCUCCACCACCGUUCCUGGUUUACUGUCUCUUAUAGUUCACACUUUCUACGAGCUUAUACCUGUUACCAUUUCUGUUGACAGUAAAGGUGUUUUUC